CGAACAAAUUGACAAGAUCCAACCGCGCAACAUCAACAUGUCUCUCAAACAUGAUUCAGGGUUACUUGCUACUAUCAUCGAAAAGUCAUUGCUACGCGCCUCGAACAUCACUUUUGCUGGACUAAUACUUACAUGUCUGGCUCUUUACCUCUCCUUCGUAGUCUGGGACGUAUUCCUAGGACCACUUUCCGACAUUCCAGGACCUAAGUUGUGGGCGGCGUCGUACUUCCCCAAAGCAUACAUGAUGUGGACAGGCUCAGAGCACGAGACCUUACAACGACUGCAUGAAACAUAUGGUCCCGUCGUCCGAAUCACACCUCGCGGAAUCAACUAUACCGAUGCUGCUGCUUGGAAGGAUAUAUACGGUCAUCGAACUGGCGGCAAGACCAAAACUUUUGAGAAAGACCCCACGCUGUAUAUCAACGAUCCCACCGGAGAGACACAUAUCUUGAUCGCGAACGACGCCGAUCAUACCCGCCAUCGUCGCAUUCUGGCUAACAGUUUCUCGGACAAGGCACUGAGAGACCAAGCGCCACUACUAAAGCAGUGGGCAAACACAAUGGUCAGAAAGUUGAAGGAAGUUGCAACACUUGACAAAGGAGUCGAUAUGGUCGCCUACUAUAACUUCACCACGUUUGAUAUCAUGUCGGACUUGACAUUCGGUGAACCAUUGAACGUGCUCGAAAACUCCGAAUACAAUCCUUGGGUCAAGUUGAUCUUUGGCAGUAUGAAGAUUAUAGGCAAAAUUACAGCGAUCAAGCAGAUUCCAAACAUGCCUCGGAUCAUCAUAGCGCUAAUGCCGAAAUCUGUGCGCCAGAAGGGCAAGAAGCACCAGAAAUUCUCGUCCGAUCGGGUAGAUCGUCGUUUGGCGCGCGAUCCUGGCCGUCCGGAUCUGUGGACAGAGGUCUUGAAACGAUCUGGUGAUCUCUCCGACACCAUAGCUGGCAUGUCCCUCAGCGAAAUGCAUGCGAACGCUGGAGUUUUCAUGACUGGCGGCACGGAGACGAUUGCAACGCUACUCUCCGGGUUGACAUACUAUCUACUGAUCAAUCCGGACAAACUUGCCAGAUUGGUGGCUGAGAUUCGCAGCACUUUCACGGCUGAGAGCGAGAUCACCGUGGAUGAGUUGGCCAGACUGCCCUAUCUCAAUGCCUGCAUCGAAGAAGGCCUACGCAUAUACCCACCCACUCCUGCCAGCCUGCCUCGAAGAGUACCUCAGGAGGGCGCGUUCAUAGCUGGGAAAUGGAUCCCUGGAGACGUCUCCGUCGCAAUAAGCCAAUGGGCCACUAACCGACACACCGUAAACUUCCGAGAUUCCGCGUCCUUCAUACCUGAACGCUUUUUGGGAGAUCCAAAAUACGCAUCUGACAAUUUUGCUGCUUUCCAACCAUUCAGCACUGGGCCUAGGAAUUGCAUUGGCAAGAACUUGGCCUACCAUGAGAUCCGGCUGCUGCUUACCAUGACGCUCUGGAACUUCGAUUUGUCUUUGGAGGCAGAGAGCAAGGAGUGGUCGAAUCAGAGACUGUUCAUAUUCUGGGAAAAGAAACCGUUGAUGGUAAAACUGAAGGCUGUGAGAGUGUGCGAUGAUGCCUGACGUUGGUUCGGAAGUAAUCUGCUUCAGGCUAUCAAGAUCUAAACAUCAAAGCGACAGCUUUCGGGAUGUCGGCUGGAUUGACUGUCAAGAUGUUAGUAUGAUCGUCCAUGCCAAUUGCAAUUUCCUUCUGGGGA